GUAAAGUAGUAUUUGGUUGUAUAAAUAAUUUGUUUCUUAGUUAACACAUCUUACAUGUCGACGGUUAUACACUUUUAUGUCGUUUUUCUAAUACUUCAAUUUCGCUUAUACAACCUCUUAUUGAUGAGUUCCAAAGAAUAUGUUUGUAUGAAUUAAGUGUGGAAAUAUUAAACAACAAAAAUAAACACUGAUAAGUGAAACUGUGCAGAUACAAAAGUUCGAAACUUUUUAUGUUAGCUAAAACGAAAGAAUCUGCAUAAACGUAAGACAGAAGAAACACAAAAGGAUCCCUCGUGUGGACAUGUUAUGUUCCACCAUGUCCGUUUUCUCCGCAUAGCGUCUUUCACUCACAUUCGCCUACAACCCCUCUCUUCUCUUUCCACCACUUCCCCGUUAUGGGGGCCAGCCGCCGACAUACUCCCCCUCUGCGCUACCGCGCAGUCCCUUUCCGCCACCCAGCAAGCCCACGCACUUGCUGUCAUCCAUGGCCACUUGCCCUUCAGCGUCUCCAUUUCCGCUGCUCUCAUACUUUCUUACGCCACCCACCACUCUCAUCCCUCUACCCUCCAAUCCCUGUUCAGCCAGGCAGUCCCCUUUUCUCGCUCCCCUUUUCUCCACAACACCCUCAUCCGAGCCUGUACAAUUCUAUCGACUGGGCCGCACAAGAAUUGUGUCGUUGAUCUUGGACUGUUCUUGUAUAAUGAUUUAUUGGGGGAUACUGGUUUAAGGCCUGAUGAUUACACCUUCCCAUUUGUGCUCAAACUCUGUGCGGAUUCUUUACAUGUGUUGAAAGGUUUGGAAGUGCACGGGAGGUUGAUUAAGGCUGGGUUUGAUGAGGAUGUCUUUGUGAAUAAUACUCUGAUUCUGUUUUAUGGUAGCUGUGGGGAUAUACGGAGUGUCGAGAUUCUGUUUGACGAAAUGCCGGACAGGGAUUUGAUCUCAUGGAAUACAGGUAUUCGGGUUCUAUCUGAUAACGUGUACCUUUUGGAAUCAGUUGGUUUGUUCAAAGAUAUGAUUUCAAUGUCCGGGUUUAUGCCUAAUGUGAUUAGUGUUUUGAGUGUUCUACCUGUGUGUGCGGGGAUUCAGGAUGAGAGGUUGGUUACUAUGAUUCACUGUUAUGUAUUCAAGGUUGGUUUAGAUGGUGAAAUAAGGGUAGGAAAUGCUUUGGUUGAUGCGUAUGGAAAGUGUGGGAAUAUUGAGGCUCUGGAAGGAGUGUUUAGUGAGAUGGCUGAGAUAAAUGAGGUUUCUUGGAAUUCAAUUAUUGGUGGUUUUUCAUAUAGGGGUUUUAGCAGCAAGGCGUUGGGUUGCUUCAGGGCAAUGAUAAGUCAGCAUGUGAAAUUGAAUACUGUUACUAUUGCCACCAUGUUACCGACAUUGAUAGAUCUAGAUUUGUUCAAUAUGGGUAAAGAACUUCAUGGUUUCAGUGUAAAAAAGGGUAUGGAUUCUGAUAUAUUUGUUGCCAAUGCAUUGAUCGAUCUGUAUGGGAAAUGGAGACGUUUUGCUGAAGCUUCAAAUGUGUUUUACAAGAUGCAUACAAGGAACAUUGUUUCAUGGAAUGCCAUGAUAGGUAACCUUGCUCAAAAUGGGCUUGAAUUGGAUGCUAUUGAACUUGUCAGAGAAAUGCAAGCUCAUGCUGAUAUCCCUAAUUCCAUCACUCUCACUAAUGUCCUCCCUGCUUGUGCUAGAUUGGGCUUUCUCCACCAUGGAAGGGAAAUACAUGGCAGAUCCAUCCGUUUGAGGUCAGACUUUGAUUUGUUCGUCUCAAAUGCUUUAACCGACAUGUAUGUUAAAUGUGGUCGCCUGGAUCUCGCUCAAACUAUAUUUAAUCUCUCACUCAGAGAUGAGGUAUCCUACAAUAUCCUUAUAAUAGGUUAUUCUCAGACAAGCAAGUGCUUGAACUCUAUCAGCUUGUUUAAAGAAAUGGAAGUAGUGGGGCUCAAUCAUGAUGGUGUUUCCUACACGGGAGUCCUGUCUGCCUGCGCAAAUAUUUCUGCAAUUAAGGAAGGGAAGCAAAUCCAUGCUUUUGCAAUAAGAAGGCUGUUUCAUGAACACCUUUUUAUCGCAAACUCACUUCUUGACUUGUACACUAAAUGUGGCCGGAUUGACAUUGCCAGGAAGGUUUUCGAUCGGAUCUCUAAAAGGGAUACUGCAUCAUGGAAUACAUUGAUUUUGGGGUUCGGUAUGAUUGGGGAAAUAAAUACUGCAGUUGAUCUAUUUGAAGCUAUGAAAGUAGAUGGUGUUAGAUAUGACUCAGUUUCUUACAUAGCAGUUCUCUCUGCUUGUAGCCACGGCGGAUUAGUUGGGAAAGGAAGAGAGUACUUUGAUGAUAUGUUGGCUGGAAAUAUAGAACCCUCUGAAAUGCAUUACGCUUGCAUGGUGGAUCUUCUUGGCCGUUCCGGCCUUGUGGAAGAAGCAGUACAGCUUAUCAAUAGCAUAUCAAUUAAACCUGGUGCCAACAUCUGGGGGGCUUUACUUGGGGCGAGUCGGCUCCAUGGUAACGUGGAGCUAGGUUGUUGGGCAGCCGAGCAUCUUCUUGAGCUAAAGCCUGAUCAUCCCGGUUAUUAUGUUCUGCUGUCAAAUAUGUAUGCUGAAGCAGGGAGGUGGGAUGAGGCCGAUAGGAUUAGGAAACUGAUGGAUCUGAGGAGAGUAAGGAAGAAUCCUGGCUGCAGUUGGGUUCAGACCCAAGAUGAAAUACACGGUUUUAUUGCUGGAGAAAGAUUUGAUCCAUAUUUGUGGCAUGCCAUCUCUACUUGAGAGUCCGAGCAAUCUGGGGCUUUUAGUGAUUUUUCAAGAUCUUGUAUGAUUGACUCAGAAACGCUACAUCUUAGUUGGAAAUGGUGUUUUUGGGCUAUCUCAUUUCAUAAUUCAAUUAAGUGGGAAUGUGACAUAAACCAUUUGUAGCUGCCUCAGUGUACAUCAAAGAUCCGGGAAGGAAGAUUCCAAAGUGUUGUAUUGUACCAGAUUAGCACUUCGAUGCUCAUCACUGUUAUUUAAAUUGGUUUCUGAAUAUUUUCAAAAAUCAUCUCAUUCACUCUGACCAGACCAGACAAUGGCAUUCAGAGAACUCGUCUGAUUAUGAAGCUGCUGCAGCCAUUGCAAAGAGAAAUUGCAUACAGAAAACAAAGAUGCAAGUCCUACGAACUGAGAAACAAGUAAUAGCUAAUGGUAUAUAGCUAAUUGCCAAGGUAUAUCAUGAUGUAAAGUUGCCCUGACCUGAGGAAUUACAAGGUGAAUACAAGUCAAUUAGAAUAAAAGAAAGAAAAAUAGAAUUCCUAAUCAACAUAAACGGGUUUGAAGUGAACCAUCCUAAAACAAAUUUGUGCAUUCAGAACGCAGUGGCUAAAUUGAGAGUUUUGGUUAAACCACAUGGCAACUAAUACAACUUGCCGUAGUAGUAAGAUUACUGUCAUGGUGCAGUAUCUUACUGCAGUGGAAAAUUUUUCACAA